GUUGCUUCUAGGUUGAUCCGUUAGUUUAUAACAUGUCUCAUGAAGAUCCUGGCGAUGUGACAUAUUCCGCAAUCGGUGGUUUGAGCGAGCAGAUACGCGAAUUGCGCGAAGUUAUAGAAUUGCCAUUAUUAAAUCCUGAACUUUUCCAAAGAGUCGGGAUCACUCCUCCCAAGGGAUGCUUAUUGUACGGUCCUCCCGGUACUGGAAAAACAUUACUGGCGAGAGCUGUUGCCAGUCAGUUAGACGCAAAUUUCUUGAAAGUUGUUUCGAGCGCGAUUGUCGAUAAAUAUAUUGGAGAAUCAGCUAGACUGAUUAGAGAGAUGUUUAAUUACGCUCGUGAUCAUCAACCUUGUAUUAUAUUUAUGGAUGAAAUUGACGCUAUUGGUGGCCGCAGAUUUUCGGAAGGGACAAGUGCUGAUCGCGAAAUCCAGAGAACCUUGAUGGAAUUGUUGAAUCAGAUGGAUGGAUUUGAUUCUUUGGGUCAAGUUAAAAUGAUAAUGGCUACAAAUAGGCCUGAUACCUUGGAUCCCGCGUUAUUGCGGCCGGGAAGACUGGACAGAAAGAUCGAAAUACCGCUCCCUAACGAACAAGCUCGUUUAGAAAUUUUGAAAAUACAUGCCCUGCCAAUUGCCAAACAUGGUGAAAUCGAUUAUGAGGCAGUGGUUAAACUCUCGGAUGGAUUCAACGGCGCUGACUUAAGAAACGUGUGCACCGAGGCCGGCCUGUUUGCAAUACGAUUAGAAAGAGAAUAUGUAAUACAAGAAGAUUUCAUGAAAGCCGUCAGAAAGGUUUCUGACAACAAGAAACUCGAAUCUAAACUAGAUUAUAAACCUGUGUAACUUUUGACAUAAUGUUACCAAUGACUAUCGUUUUAUAUUACAAAAAUAAUAUUAGAUGUCUAUUACUUUUUGUAUGCUACAAGUUCAUUCAAUAUUACCUUGCUACAAUUAUUUGUAUCCUCCAUAGUGAAAUUAUAUAUUUCUGAAAGUUUAAUCAGCAUUAACACACAUUAGCAAAUUUGUAUAAUACAAUAACAUUGGUAUGAUCUAAGACGAUUGAUGUAAAAUAAAUAUAGACCUUUGUUUUUCUCUCUA